UCUUACUCUUUAGAGAAGUACAUGAAGAUUGAUGAAGAUGUAUUGAUUGGAAAAAACACAAUAAAUAAAAAGAAAACAAAAAGAUUAUAUAUAUAAAUGUUUAAAGGUUAUCCCAGGCCUAUUAUGAUGUGGUUCAGCCCCUUUCUAAUAUGGACAAUUCGAUUUAGAUUUAGAUCAGAUUGGGGAAACCCUGUAAAGGAAUCAUCCGACAACAAUUGAGCAGCCUCGCUAGUUAUAAGCAAAUGAAUGUGAUUCCCAAAUGCUGGAUUCCAGGAGAAAUAUUCCAUUAUAGUUGCGUCUCCCCCCUCUACACAGACAGAGCGAACGAAUGUCAAACAAUAAAGUGAAAACUGCAGAGCCAGAGUCAGAACUUACAUAUGGAAACCAUUUAAAUACCAGGGCGCACUUUAUAUUAAAUUAGCGGCAUAUUUAUAUUAAAUUAACGGCAAUCCUUAUUCCAGUGGCUGUCAUUGGGGAAAUUGGGGCUCUUGAUUGCCGCUAUAACUGUGAAGCACAGUUUGUUCCUUAAUGUCCUAUCUUGUAAUAAAAGUAAAAUAAGGCCCCACUGUUUAAAAAAGGGGGUCGGUGACCCUAGUUACAAUCAUUUGACAUCACAAAUACAGAAGUUAAAAGCUGCAGCUCCCCUGGGAUCCAUAAGGGUCCUGAGAUUUAGCAGUGUUGUUAGUGUAUAUUCUGACAAGUUUUACUAAUGAGGGUGGGCGUCAUAUUGUUACUUGCUCUUGUCCCCUCUGUUGUAACAAGUAAAUAAAUGGUGUUACUUACCCGCUUUCUAUUUAACACAAGGAGUGUGUGGGAGAGACUCAUUUCCCAAUCUUCUCCUUCCAACAAAGACAUUACAGAAAGGCAGACAACUCGUUACUAUAUUAAAUGCCCCCACAUUAAUCAAAGAGCCGCCGGGAAAAAAAAAACCCGACAAAUACCCGAAACGUUGUCUGCGGCCAUUUCGAGCCUUUAGCAGAGUAUUUAUUGUUUAAAAUGAAUUAUUUCGAUUAAUUCCAAACGAAAUUAUAUUUCUCUAUUUCGUUUUGCACUGAUGACGGGGGUCCCAAUCUACAUUUGGAUGUUCUGCUAAAAACUCUGCCAGAUGGAGCCCCAGUUAAAAAAGAAACAUUUCAAUGAAACAGGGUUUUCAUCUAAUUUCUUUUGGCUUGAGGUCUUUUUUACACUUAAAAAAAAAAAAAGAAAAGAGAAAUCCUGAAUAAUUCCUGGAGAAGAAGAAAGAUUCUGGUGGUAACUUGUCGUUAUCAGAUUGAUGGGUUGGGUUUGAUUGAAGUCUCUUUGUCAUGCAAAUGUCACUGGGGCAUGAUGGAUGGGGCCCCAGAUAUCUGACAAGCUUCAGGAGCUCCACAGCCAUUGGUCCCUAGAGAAUCACGUGGGCUGUGGGUGAGAGACAGAGGGGUUUGAAUCCUGGCAAGGCAUGGAUGGAAGUUUACAGAUUUGACAUACUACCUAAAGGUUGUAGGGCAGAAGGAAACCCUGGAAAACAGGUUGACCCUCCUCCAUCACUGGCAGAUGGACAAUACCAGAAUGAGUUCCUUUCUGGACUAUGCAAUUUGUAACCGUGGGACGAGCGCCUACUCACCCAGAGGAUUCCAUCAUUUUGACCAAGGGACCCCACCAGCCUUCCCUGCUUGCCCCAGUGCCAAUGACAUUUAUAAUGGGGAUGGAAGGUUUGUUGUUGGAGGGGGAAGUGGUUCCAUCCCAAACAAUCUCCACCAGCAGAACCCCAGUUACCCUCACCAGCCCAACGCUGGAGUCCCCUAUACCAACUCCUUAACAAGUUACACCCCACAAACUUGCAACCAGCCUUAUGGACACCAGGCAUAUGCCAGCCAAGAAGCAGAUGACAUCUAUUAUCAACAGUCAGCCUACUGCUCCAACACUGGACCCAACUCCAACUCUUUUUCUGAUGGCUACUGUGGGGCUGUACCAGGUCCUGCCCAGUACCAAGAGAACCCUUAUGGGCAGGAGCACCAAGGACUGAUCCAAGCCUACAACAACCCUCCAUCUAUACUGCAUGAGGAGAAGGAGCCCUCCUGCCCUCCAGAUCAAGCUCUACCCAACCACACGUUUGACUGGAUGAGAGUAAAGAGAAAUCCUCCCAAGACAACCAAACCAAUGGACUAUGGACCCAGUGCCCAACAGAACAUCAUCAGGACCAACUUUACGACCAAACAGCUGACAGAGCUGGAGAAGGAAUUCCAUUUUAACAAGUACUUGACUCGGGCCAGGAGAGUGGAGAUCGCCGCCACUCUAGAACUGAAUGAAACCCAAGUGAAAAUCUGGUUCCAGAACCGGAGAAUGAAGCAGAAAAAACGAGAAAGAGAAGGACUGGCCCCGGGUGCCAUGAAGGGCCCCAUGAAAGAGAAUGGGGAGUCUUCCGACCUGUCCAGUUCAACAUCUCCAGAUGCCUCUCCCAACUCAGUGUAGCCUCAUGCAAUGGACAUAAAGAAAAGAACACAUAGAUGUUGUACAUAUUUUAUUUUCUUCUACAGAUUCCUUCCUAUUUAUUUACAACAUUAGUCGGACCACAAGGAAAGUGCGGCAGUACCCCACACUCUCAGGGAACUUCACAUUUCAGGGGACACUUGGACAACUACCCACGAGCUCCUGUGUAACCCACGUGUGGCCUAUUUAUCCUUAUUCCCCUAUGUGGGAGUAUACAUUGUUCUCUGUCUUAGAAGCUCAGUCUCUGGCAUAUUUAUAUUUGUAAUUAUAUCACUAUUGUUAUAGGGUUUCUUCAGAUUUGUUUUGAAUCUUGGAACAAGAGACAGUUAGAGGAAAAAUACCAUUAUUAUUUUAAAACGAUUUCAGUGUUGGACCCACACUAUACUGGAAUUGUUGGUUAUAUAUAGGCUGUUUGUAGGGUAUUCCAAGCACCAUAACCCACCAUAGACACAGCAGUCUUAUAGUAGUCUAUGGGAAGGGAGUAUAGUAGGGAGAGAGAGUAACAGUGUGACUGUGGGAUAGCAGGUAUAGUAGGGAGAGAUGGUGCCUAUAGUAACAGUGGAUAAUAG